CCAUGACGCGGCACGCUCCACACGGCAUCGGUCGGAGUUCGGAGUCGGAGUUUUGGAGUUUGGAGUGAUUGUACAUUCAACAAUUGUACUACCUGAUAUUAUACUAAACAAGUACCCAUCAUACUAUAAAAUACUGAUUAGUUCAUUGAAACACCUGCAGGCAGCUGCAUGAAACAUAUAAUACUCACCUUUUGUAGAGUGCAUAUUAUGUACUGUAUCAUUUAUCCCAACAUCCUCUGACUAGGAGCUAGAGGAGAGGAUCGAGCUAUAUUUUCCCGACGCCGAACAAAGAAAGAGAGCAAGGAGUCGACGAUUAAUAAAGAGUUCGAGAUUGGUGUUGGGCUGCAGCCAACUAAUUGAAUUAACCAGGGACACGUAUCCUGGAUGAAGAGUUGACUGGUCUCUUGAAUAGUAAAUUUUUAUAGCAUGGAAAAAAAUUUAGAAACAGACAAUCUAAAUUUGAGCAGUGGAGAAAAUGAUAUUGAAAAUGAAAACGAUGUAGGAGAUGAAUUGAAAAUUGGAGCUGACGAGACGUAUGACACGCGCAGCGAAGUUUCAUCUAGCAGUUCAGACUCGGAAGAGGAGGAUGAUGAGGAUGAUGACAAUUCUAGUCAGCCAUCCAUCACUUCUGUGUCUACAAAAUCUUCUACGAAAGAAGCUACGAAAAGAAAUCUACACAAGAGAGGUAAAAGAAAACAGUCAAGAGACUCGUCGGCUUCCUGCAGCAGUCCUGAAGCUAAAAGAGCAAAGUCGAAAGAAAGUUUGAUAGUAAAGGCGGCAGCUACUACAAAAAGUUACGAUUACGCCACGAAAUUGAAUUACUUGUUUAGAGAUGCAAGGUUUUUUAUAAUAAAGUCAAAUAAUGCAGAAAAUGUUACGCUAUCAAAAGCAAAAGGUGUUUGGAGCACUCUCCCACAAAACGAAGCAAAUCUGAACCAAGCCUUUAAAGAAUCAAGAAAUGUUUUGCUCAUUUUUUCAGUAAAAGAAUCUGGUAAAUUUGCCGGUUUUGCCAGACUUUGCACGGAAUCUAGAAGGGAUGGUAAUUCUAUUUCUUGGGUACUGCCUCCUGGUUUAAACGCCAAAGUCUUGGGAGGAGUUUUCAAAGUAGAUUGGAUUUGUAGAAAAGAAUUACCCUUUACGGCAACGCUGCAUUUGUAUAACCCAUGGAACGACGGAAAACAGGUGAAAAUUGGUCGCGAUGGACAAGAAAUAGAACCUCGCGUAGCUGAAGAAUUGUGCAGAUUGUUUCCAGAAGAUGAAGGGAUAGAAAUGACUCCUAUUUUGCGUAAAUCGAAAGAAUCUGCUAAACGCGUGGUGAAGCCGACCAUAAGGAAUCAUCACGAAAACAGAACUGUGAUAACUCCUAGAUUCAUACGGACCCGUGGCAGAGGACGCCGACUGUUUCUUACGUCGAGAUCACGACUAGCGUCAUUAGCAAGAGGAAGUCGCUUGUCCUCUGGUCACAGAAGUUCGAGAGAUCAUCAUCAGCAGCCUCAUCAUCACCAUCAUCGGUACACCAAUUGGUUCGAACGAGGCGAAUAUUCCAAAGGAGGGUAUGGUUCAGCUCUCGGAGUCGCAGCUGCAGCGGAAGCCUAUGUAGCAGACUACAUGCGCACCAUGCAGCAUCAGCUUCCGCCUCUGCCACCGUACAUUACCUCGUUGCCUUACGAUUCGCUACCUCCACCACCACCUCCACCUCCGCCACGAUACUACGAGGGUCUACCAUUGCCACCCGACUACGCAGCUUCUGCAGCUGCGACCGUAGCCGCGAAUAGCUUGGAGAAGCGCAGUUACGAGCGCAGUGUUGACGAGUUUCUUUGGAGAACUUCCAGCAGUAGUCGAUCCCACAGUCGUCACGCCGAGCACCGCUCCUCCCGCGACCAUCAUCAGCGCUAUCGCGAGCGCAGGUAGAUUUAAGACAAUGAUGCACGUGAUGAAAAAACGGGCAACGAAUGAUUCAAACUUUUUUAGUAAAUAUCUAUGUAAAGAUAAGGAUGUAGGGAAAAAAACAUCAAACGCAAAAAGUUCCAACAUUCGAGUUGCGCGUUGUCAACAAAUUCCAACUUUUUUCAUCAACAAAUAAAUACAAUAUUAGAAUAACUCAUAUAAAGGUCACUCUUUUUUACAGAAUUUUGUUUGAGUGUGCUUCCACAAUACAUUUCUUAAUGAAAAAAAAAAAAAAAAAAAAAAAAAAAAAAAACAAAUAAAUAAAUUUUUAAUCUAGGUUUAAAUGUAAAUACACUAGAUACACAAGUUUGAUUCUGUACCAAGCAUCUUUAGAACGAGUUUCAAGACUAGCCCUGAAAUUAUGUGCUAUCCGUCUUUGUUUUACCCUUAGCAAAUGAGCCAAAACAAGAAAAAAAAGAGAGAUGUAACUUGAAAAUGAAAACAUUGAACACUCGGUUUACAAGUAAUGUAUAGGAACGUGGAUUUAUCUCUCUCUUGUGUUUGCCAAUCUCAUUUUUACCGUUUUAUGUCAAAUUCACCUUAAAUCUUAAAUCUUGAAAUUUUUUUGUUUACGAUUCAUAUUAUUCGUUAAUACAAAGUUGCAUAAAACUACUUUUUUACGCACAUCUUGAUAGAGAUGUAAACAAUUUGAAAUAACAUGGCCAAGUAUUUUUUACUGUGAUUUACUGACGACUUAUUCUGUAAGAAUAAGAAAAGUUCAGUGCACAAACCAUGAGCAUUAAAAUAUGUUUGUUAAGCUAGAAAUUAUCGAAAGAAUCGAUAAUACCAUUCAAGUUUUUAUAAACUUGAGAACCACAUAAAAUUGAAAUUGUUAAUUUCUAAGAACGUUGUGUAAUUAUAAAUUGCGUUUCAAGCAUCUGACAACCGUUUUACACAUUUUUCAAUAAACAAUUGCCUCCACUUUUUGUAUAAAUAUCAAAAUAUCUAGAAUUUGGCUUUGCAUAGCAGUCAUUUACUACGCCCAUAUUAUCAUCGUCGUUGUUGCUGCAUUGUCAAACAUUUUGCAUACAAUGCGAGUAAAAGAGACAUCUAUCAGUAACGUGUGUGAAUAUUAUGAUUCAAGAAAAAUUCCAGCAAAAAUUACAAAUAGAAUGUUCUGCUCUUUUAUCCGUGUGACACGAUUUAUGAAGAAUAAGAUAUCGGCUAAUCGUAUAUUGAAGCCAAAUGAAAAUAUUUUCGAGUUUAGUUAUUUAUUCCCCAACUAACUCUUUUAUUUAUGAUCCAGUCUGUCCAUUGCUAUUUUCUGAAAUCGAACUUAAAUUAAGGGAUCUGAAAAAUGAUAAAUAUUGUUUUAGACCAUUUGCAGUUUUUAAUGGCGAGCAUUUAUAUUGUUUUGAGCAAUAGUCACUACCAACAAGGUACGCCAAUUUUUUCACAAAAAAAUAUGAAGCUUUGAAAAUAUUUGAACUUUGAGAUAUCAACAGUCUCGAUUUAUAUUCGUUUAUCGGUUAUUAACAAUAGAGCUUGUGAAAUUUGUGAACCAGACAACAAGAGGAAGCCCAAUGACUUUACAGGAAACUAUAAAUACUGUAUCUUAAGGGUUACAGUCGUAAGUUUCUAAAAAAUGUAAUGAAAUGGAUUUAAUAUCAAAAACUAAC